AUGUCUGAUGUGCCAAGUGAUGCAAAUGCUGGAUGUCCAGGAACCGGAAGUGAUGGAGCUGGUAAAGCAUCAGGUUGUGCAGGCUGUCCAAAUCAAAGUUCAUGUGCAAGUGGAGCCGGACCAAAACCAGAUGCUGAUAUUGAAUUUAUUCAAGAUAGAUUCCGAAAGAUUAAACAUAAAAUUUUGAUUCUCAGUGGAAAAGGUGGUGUUGGAAAAAGUACAUUGACUUCGAAUUUGGCGAGAGCACUUGCUGCAGAUCCAACAAAACAGGUUUGUUAUUCAUGAAUUUUUACAUGAAACUUUGUUUUUUCGAAAGGUUGCGAUUCUCGAUGUCGAUAUUUGCGGACCAUCACAACCACGAAUGAUGGGAGUCGAAAAUGAAGAAGUUCAUAGCAGUGCCGAUGGAUGGACUCCAGUUGGAAUUCAACCAAAUUUAACAUUGAUGAGUAUUGCAUUUUUGCUUGGAAAUAAAGACGAUGCUGUUAUUUGGAGAGGUGCUAGAAAGAAUGGAAUGAUCAAACAAUUUUUGAAAGAUGUUGAUUGGGGAGAUGUAAGAUUUGUUCUUUUUUUUUCAAGUUUUUCAGAAGAUCUCUAGAUUUUGAAAUAUUUAUAGGUUGAUUAUCUUUUAAUUGAUACACCACCUGGAACUUCUGAUGAACAUAUUUCACUUGUUCAAUUUUUGCUCCAAGCUGGACCAUUGGAUGGAGCUUUGAUUAUUAGCACACCUCAAGAAGUAUCAUUAUUAGAUGUUCGAAAAGAAGUUAGUUUCUGUAUGAAAACGAAGGUUCCAAUUUUGGGAGUUGUUGAAAAUAUGGCAAGAUUUGUAUGUCCGAAUUGUGCACACACAACUAUGUUAUUCCCGAAUUCAACAGGUUUGUUUCAUUUUUUUUCUUCACUCAUUUUCUAAUUUCAUUUUAUUCCAAUUAUAGGUGGAGCUGAAAAAAUGUGCGCCGAUUCGAAUCUUGAACUUCUUGCUCAACUUCCACUUGAUCCAGCAUUGGCAAAAGCACUUGAUAAUGGCGAAGAUUUCUUUGAAACUCAUCCAGAUUCUACUUUAGCUACUUCUUUCAAAAAACUUGCGGAACAAGUUCAAGCAAAAUUGAAAUAA